GUCAAAUUUGUCUUAAUCCAGUUACGUAGAACUGUUUAUGACCGUUAGUGACGCCGAAAGAAAGCUUGACUGAAAUCGGCUGUCGAUUCCAUAUUGUUUUUUUUAUAUUAAAGGCCCACAUUGAAAACAACUUUCAACUUGAAGAGCCAUGGUCGAAGGAGACAACAAGAGCGCGAACAUGUUGGCGCAGGAAACUGCGCAGCUGGAGGAGCAGCUUCAGGCGUGGGGCGAGGUGAUCCUGGCUGGGGACCGCGUCCUGCGCUGGGAGAAGCCGUGGUUUCCUGGAGUUCUGUUAGCCAGCACCACUGUCCUCUUCCUGCUCAUUUACUAUUUGGACCCGUCGGUCUUGACGGGCGUGUCGAGUGGCGUCAUGCUUUUGUGCCUGGCUGACUAUCUAGUACCAACGCUGGCUCCCAGAGUCUUUGGCUCCAACAAGUGGACUACGGAGCAACAGCAGCGUUUCCACGAGAUCUGCGGCAACAUGGUGAAAACACAGCGCCGCCUGCUGGGCUGGUGGCGCCGUUUGUGCACACUCAAAGAGGAGAAACCAAAGAUGUACUUCGCGUCGGUGAUUAGCGGCCUGCUGACAGUGGCCUGGAUCGGACAGCAGGUGCACAACCUCUUUCUCACCUAUUUGAUUGUGAGCUUGAUGCUGCUGCUUCCGGGGCUCAACCAGCAUGGCGUCCUGUCCAAGUACACUGCCAUGGCCAAGAGAGAAAUCAACAAGCUGAUCAAGAACAAGGAGAAGAAGAACGAGUAGACACGCAAUGCAAAAUCCACAAAACACGCUAGACCGACACUAACUACUGACUACUUGACUUCCGGCAUUGUGACUGCGCAUCUCGUGUCAUUUUCAUCUCUCGUGUUAUCAUGUAGCUCCUCAUCUUCUAUUAUUCAUCCUCUUUCACGUCAACUGGAUAGCAUGCAGUAAAUGUGCAGAUAUUUCAUAUGAAAAAAUACCAAAUGAGCCUGCUGUUCGCGCAACCGUGUCCCUGCUCCCUCCGCUGACAUCAUGUAAAUAGGCCCCUCCCUCUUCACUCUUGUUUAUUUAUGUGGUCUCUCGUGACUCGUUUGAAUCGUAAUAAUGUGAAUAAAGUUGACUUUAAAGUCAAAUAAAAAUGUCAAUUAUCUGCAGGCAUGAAA